ACUGAUCCAGCAAAUCCACUGACCCGGCCGCCUCUGGAUCGAUCCCCAUCUCCGAUCAAACAGUAGACGUACGCUCGAUGGCCGCCGCCAGUAGUAGUCGGGGCGCGUUCCGGUUCGCCGUGGCGUCGGUGAUCCUGCUGUCGCUUCUCGCGAGCCCAGUCUCCUGCGGCGGGGCUCCGGAGGAACCCAUGGGCGACGUCGACCACGGCUCGCAGCGGCAGAACGACACCGCCGGCAGCAGCAGGAGGGGCCUCUGGGCGUCGGCCCGGGGCUUCGGCUGGUCCUACGGCGGCGCCACCUGGAACGGCAGCCCGUUCGGCGCCGGCAGCGACGGUGGCGCGUGCGGUUACCAGGGCGCCGUCAGCCAGCGCCCCUUCGGGUCCAUGAUCGCCGCCGGCGGGCCGUCCCUCUUCAGCAACGGCAAAGGAUGCGGCGCGUGCUACCAGAUCAAGUGCACCGGCAACAGGGCCUGCUCCGGGCGGCCGGUGACCGUCACCAUCACCGACUCCUGCCCCGGCGGUGCCUGCCUCGCCGAGUCGGCGCACUUCGACAUGAGCGGCACGGCCUUCGGCGCCAUGGCCAGCCGCGGCAUGGCCGACCGCCUCCGCUCCGCCGGAAUCCUCAAGAUACAAUACAAGAGGGUUCCGUGCAAGUACAACGGCAUGGCCAUCAACUUCAAGGUGGACGCCGGCUCCAAUCCCUACUACCUCGCCGUGCUGGUCAUGUACGUGAGCGGCGACGGCGACGUCGCCAAGGUGGACGUCAUGCAGGCCGGCUGCAACUCGUGGACGCCGAUGCAGCAGUCCUGGGGCGCCGUGUGGCGCGUCAACUCCAACGACGGCAAGCCGCUGCGCGCGCCCUUCUCGCUCCGCAUCACCUCGGGCUCCGGCAAGGUGCUCGUCGCCAGGAACGCCAUCCCCGCCGGCUGGGGCGCCGGGGCGACCUACAGGUCCACGGUCAACUACGGCUACUGAUGAUCUAGGCGCGCGGCAGGGCCUAGCUAGGAGCGAGUGCUGUUCCAAUUUAGUGCUUCGAUUUGGGAGGUCUUGCCUAGUCAAUUGUGGAACGAGUUUAGUGUGUAUGUGCGUCCGGGAAACGGUAGAGAGGCCGCGUUUGAAGAGGAGGUUCGGUAGUGUACGUGUUCUUCCCUCCACGGUCUCGUUGGACCUGUGUUUCCUAAGUGAUGUUCCGGUGUCUCCAGUGCAGAAGCUGCAAAGCUGGAGUUAUUACAGCACCACCAAGAAGUAUUUGUGCUGAUCCAUGUACCAAAGUCGUAUAUUAUAUUAUGAACUCUCUCCUAGGUUUCGUUUGGAACAAAGAUAUAUAUGGCACUACAGAGUGUUAAGCGUUUGUGUUAAUAAUUAAAAGUGGCUAGGUGCUUCUUUGGUUUGGA